AGAAGGCGCUCGAAUUCUUCCGAGUCCUGACCUUCGUACUGCUGUUCCUGAUCAUCUCCCUGUAUCUAUAUCGUUUCGCGUUCUAAAGGACUAGCGCUGACUGCCUGGGGUAUUUGGCCGCAGCCGAGAUGCCCAAAUUACCAGCGGUUGGCAUUGAUCUUGGUACCACGUACUCGUGUGUCGGCGUCUUUCAGCAUGGCAAGGUGGAGAUCAUCGCCAACGACCAGGGCAACCGCACCACGCCCAGCUAUGUGGCGUUCACGGAGUCGGAGCGUCUGAUCGGCGAUGCGGCCAAGAACCAGGUGGCCAUGAAUCCCAACAACACGAUCUUCGAUGCCAAGCGGCUGAUUGGCCGCCGUUUCGACGACGCCACCGUCCAGUCGGACAUGAAGCACUGGCCCUUCGAGGUGGUCGCCGAGAACGGGAAGCCCCGGAUCCAGGUGGAGUACAAGGGUGAGCGCAAGAGCUUCUAUCCGGAGGAAGUGUCCUCGAUGGUGUUGACCAAAAUGCGGGAGACGGCAGAGGCCUAUUUGGGUGGCUCUGUCACAGACGCGGUUGUCACGGUUCCGGCCUAUUUCAACGACUCCCAGCGACAGGCCACCAAGGAUGCGGGCGCCAUUGCCGGCUUGAAUGUCCUUCGCAUCAUCAACGAACCCACGGCGGCGGCCAUUGCCUACGGAUUGGAUAAACAGGGCACCAGUGAGCGGAAUGUCCUGAUCUUCGAUCUCGGCGGUGGCACUUUCGACGUAUCCGUGCUGACCAUUGAGGAUGGCAUCUUUGAGGUGAAGGCCACCGCUGGGGACACUCAUCUUGGUGGCGAGGACUUUGACAACCGACUGGUGAACCACUUCGUGCAGGAGUUCCAGCGCAAGCACAAGCGUGAUCUGGGCCAAAAUAAGCGGGCACUGAGACGUCUGCGAACCGCCUGUGAACGGGCCAAGCGGACCCUCUCCUCUUCCACACAGGCCAGCAUCGAGAUCGACUCGCUCUUCGAGGGCGUUGACUUCUACACCUCGGUGACACGCGCCCGUUUCGAGGAGUUGAACGGGGAUCUGUUUCGGGGCACCAUGGAGCCGGUGGCCAAGGCGCUGCGCGAUGCCAAGAUGGAUAAGGGCCAGAUCCACGACAUCGUUCUGGUGGGCGGCUCAACCAGGAUACCCAAGGUGCAGCGUUUACUGCAGGACUUCUUCAACGGCAAGGAGCUGAACAAGUCCAUCAAUCCCGAUGAGGCGGUGGCCUACGGAGCCGCAGUGCAGGCGGCCAUCCUUCAUGGCGACAAGUCGGAAGCGGUGCAGGAUCUGCUUCUGCUGGACGUCACCCCCCUCUCCCUGGGCAUUGAGACCGCUGGCGGGGUGAUGACCACGCUGAUCAAGAGGAACACCACCAUACCCACCAGGCAGACGCAGAUCUUCACCACGUACGCGGACAACCAGCCGGGCGUGCUCAUCCAGGUGUUCGAAGGUGAGCGAGCGAUGACUCGGGAUAACAACAGCCUGGGAAAAUUCGAACUGUCGGCGAUUCCUCCGGCUCCGCGGGGAGUGCCCCAGGUGGAGGUGACCUUUGACAUCGACGCCAAUGGCAUACUCAAUGUGACGGCGCUGGAAAAGUCAACGGGCAAGGAGAACCGCAUCACCAUCACCAACGACAAGGGACGUCUCUCCAAGGAGGACAUCGAGCGGAUGGUCAACGACGCCGAGUCAUACCGCCAGGCGGAUGAGCAGCAACGCGACCGGAUCAAUGCCAAGAACCAGCUGGAGUCCUACUGUUUCCAGCUGCGCUCCACCCUGGAUGACGAGCAAAUGAGUAGCCGCUUUAGUCCCGCGGAUCGGGAGACCAUCCAGCAGCGAUCCAGUGAGACCAUUGCCUGGUUGGAUGCCAAUCAACUCGCCGAGCGGCAGGAGUUCGAGCACAAGCAGCAGGAGCUGGAGAGGAUCUGCAGCCCGAUCAUCACGAGGCUGUACCAGGGCGCAGGAAUGGCACCACCACCACCGCCCCCAACAGGAGGCCCCAGUUCGGGUGCCACUGGCGGCUCUGGCCCCACCAUCGAGGAGGUUGAUUAAUGGAAUGGAGUACUUGUUUUUCGGUUCCACCCCAAGUGGUUUCAAAUUUGGUUGUUAUCCCUAGAAAUUCGAUAAUUCUUAGCCAAAUCUUAGCAAUUUUGUAUCCCCAAAAUCUCAAUUAAAAUUUACUUGUCCCAAA